AUGGUUUCCGCGGCGUACUACCCCGUGAACGACACCAGCCGCUCUUUGGCCGAGAGGGCGUACCUCCAAGAGUUGACGGACCUUGCCGCGAACCAGCCACUGGAAGAGGACUCGAGGCAAGAGGUUCGGACGUUGACCAUAAUCUUCACGAUCAUCGCGGUUAUUGUCGUGGCCUUGCGAUUUAUUUCGAGGCUGAAAAUCAAAGCGCCGUUCUGGGUGGACGACUGGCUGGUCCUAGCUGCCCUGAUACUGCUCUUCGGAAAUUCAGCUUUCAACUUUGUGAUGGUAGACCAAGGGGUCGGCCUGCACUCAGGGCGCCUGACUCUCCCACAGCUACAACAUUUGAAUAAGACUGUUGUUGGAGCAGAGAUCAUCUACCUGACAGGAGUCAAUGCCUACAAAAUAUCUCUCCUGUUCCUCUACUUCCGAAUUUUCCCAAUCAAGUCCGUUCGAAUGUGGGCAUAUGUGUUCGGAGGGCUUUCCACUUGCUGGAACGUCGCAUGCGUGUUCACCGCUGCCUUCCAGUGUACGCCACGGGUCAAGGUCUGGGAGCCGUGGGUGGAAGGGUACUGCAUCAAUACUUUCAUGGUGCAGCUACUCGUCUCAGUUCCUAGUAUUCUGUGCGAUGCCGCCAUAUUAUGCCUGCCGCUGCCCCACGUCCUUCGUCUCAAGACCAACUUGACGCAGAAGAUAUUCCUCGUCUUCAUGUUCAUGCUAGGGUCUUACGUCGUCUUCACGAGCAUCUAUCGCUUCACGGUGUACCUGGGAUACAGCCCAAAGGACAUUCCGUUCACGUUGGCUGUCCCUGUGGCGUGGAACGGACCAAUUAUACGCCCAGUCAUCAAAUUCAUCAUGCCCUCAACCAUGGCGGUUUCCGGGAACAAAGACAGCGCACACAUGGGGUACGAAAGGAAGAAUGGAGCUGGCAGUCGCUCCGGUCUGGUGACUAUCGGUGGGGGCGGCGCUCGCAAAGGCAAUGGACACUGGAGCAGGCUCGAAGGCUCUGCACGACGCGCGCCUGACGACGAAGCUAGUUUCGACGUUGAUGAUGAUAUCGAGAUGCAGCCGAGGGGAAAGAUCACGAGUAUUGUCGUGGCAAGUCCGGGAAUUGCUGAGUACGGCCACGAGCCAUCGACUCCCAAUACCUCUGCGCCACAGCCCCUAGUCACUGUCACGGGCAGCAAGGGCAACGACAGCGACGAGUCUCUACUCGCGGCGCAUGGGAUUACGUGCACACAAACUGUUGAAGUGCAGUGGACGACUGAGCAUGUCAGUGAGCCUAGCCCUGUUGCAAGGAAGGGGACGAGACCAUGA